CAUUCUUCCAACUUUUUCCAUUCUUCACAUCUUACACAAAAUACCUUCCCGAUUUCCAGCCCCUAAUAAGAUACUGAAAAUUAUACUUGUUUUGAUAUCUUACAUUUUGCCUGAACAAAAUGAGCACACCCGUCAAUCAAGAGCAUGCCCGAAUUCCACCUCCAGUUAAUCUCGGAGAAAAAAGCAGGAAAUUUAAGGGAAUUCGGAUGAGAAAAUGGGGAAAAUGGGUUUCAGAAGUUAGAAUGCCCAAUUCUAGAGCUAAAAUUUGGCUGGGGUCUUACGACACGGCUGAACAGGCAGCCCGUGCUUUUGACGCCGCCAUUUAUUGUCUGAGAGGACCUCACGCCAAAUUCAAUUUUCCCGACACCAUACCCGCCAUUCCGUCGGCCUCGUCACUUUCCCGUCAGCAGAUUCAGGCCGCCGCCGCCAAAUAUGCGCGGGGCCAAAUCCCCUCCACCUGCGAAAAUAAUUGCAGCGCCUUGCCGGAGAUGCCAUUUUCGCCGCCAAUUUCCUCCACUCCGUCGGAAAUGCAGAUAUUAAGUGACAGUCUAUUGAUGUCGGAGCACCUCGAUUUUGAGUUGGGAGAAUCUUUGUUUGUGCAUUCCGACAGCAAUCAGUUGCUGAAUUUGGACGAACUCCUGUUUGAUGACGCAGCUACGUCGGAACUGACGUCACCAACAGGGGAACCCGGGUCUAAAUUCUUUGACUCAUCGCAGUUCUGGAAUUUCUGAAUUCUGAGCCGAUUUGGACAAAUAGGAAAAACUAAUUUGUGGCCAAAGAUAAAGGCUUUUUGUCCACGUUGGCAAUAUUGCCACGUGGACAUCAUAAGCCGCCUAACAAUAUUUAAGACAACGUUCACCCAGCUCCUAAGAUGCACCAGCAUGCAGGUAUACAGUUAGAUAUAUAUGUAACAUGUAAUAUAUAGGUAACAUGUAUUGUAUGUAUAGGAUGUGGUAGACUUUGCCAUGUAGUUAUAUGUAUGUAUAACAUGUAAUGUAUACAUAAGAUGCCAGUGCAUCCUAAGGGCUGGGUAGACGGUGCCAUAUUUUAAUGCCAGGCUUGAUUUUCCCGACACCAUACCUGCCAUUCCGUCUUCCUCGUCACUUUCCCCGCAUACCUGCCAUUCCGUCUUCCUCGUCACUUUCCCCGCAAUAGAUUCAGGGCACCAUGCCAAUUACUCGCGCGGUCAAAUCCAUAUUUUCGGACCCACCACAAUUGUGGAAUUUCUGCGUUGAUUUGUACAAAUACUUCACAAAAGUUUACCAAUUCUAUUAUUCUUUUUUACGGAUAAACAUCUCUCAAUUUUUUAAAUAUAUGCUCCUACUACCAUAUAUACAAUGCUAAAUAAAGUUUGUAAGGGUGAUCUGAAU